AGCUAUUUCGGGUGGAGGGGUAUGAUCCAGUGCGGCAUAGUGACAUGAUAUAUACAAACACAUAGAUUACGCAAACAAUUUCACUGUGUACUGGACUUGUAUUCGCGGGAGUGAUUUUUCAGUGCCGCUAUCGCCAAUAUCGGGGCCUUGACAGGUGCCCGUUUAUCUGAAACAAAAUGUGCCUCUUAACAAUGUAAUCAGAUAUGGCAGAAAUUGAAACAUGAGUGCCCCGUUGGAAAAUAGGCUGGAAAACAGCCCAUAUAGCAAGCCCCAAGAUCACAGUCGACGGGACUUGGCUUUGAAGAGAGCGGCACUGCUGCGACGGGAGAGGUUAGCGAAUGAAGCGAAACAGCGAGACGAGAAGAAGUUCCGCGAAGAAUCUGAUAUAAGACAUCGCGAGGACAGAGAGAAGAGAUACAGAGAGGACGUCGAAAUGAGACAUCGAGAAGAGAGAGAACUGAGACGACGUGAGGCAUUGUACAGAGAAGAGAGUCAAAAGAAUGACACCCGACAGAGAGAGGACAGAGACACGAGACUGAGACAAGACAAAAGUUCGGGGGAUCAGAAAGUUGAUAGUCACGACGGCCGCCACCCCCGGGAUGACAGUCGCCACCGUAAGGAUGAUACGCGCCUACCCCGGGACGACAGUCGCCACCGUAAGGAUGACAGCCGACAGCCCAGGGAGGACCGUCGUAACCCUAACGGUAAUACAUCUACCACGCUGGUGGUACCACCCGCCGUCCGCCCACCCCCGGAGUUGAAACCUAUAUACCGGGGACACGUGACAGUGGAUACUUCCAAAGCACGGUCUAAUAUUGAUGUCGUACGAAGAUGUAUUCAUGAUUUGGGAUGGAGAGAGGUGAUCAUGCCCCGCAGAGAACCAUGUGACUUCUACUGGCAUGCGAUUGGUUUCCAUGACCACAGCGACCUCAUAUCGGGCAGAGUCAACAAGUUUCCAGGUAUACAAGAAAUGUUAAGUAAAAUAAAUCUGUGUCGGACGCUGGACUUCAUGAGGAAUCUGUUCCCCAGUGAUUAUGACUUCUAUCCCCGAUCCUGGUUUCUACCCUACCAGUUCCACGAGUUCAGCAACGAGGUCCGACAGCUGCUGGAGAAGAAGGUGAAGCCUAAACCCACGUAUAUAGUCAAACCGAGCGAGGGCUCCCAGGGUGAGGGCAUCUACCCUCGGGAACCCGCCCAGUACAAUAGCCAUAAUGGCCGCUGCCAUAUAGUCCAGGAAUAUUUGUCCAAUGUGUUUUUGUUGGAGAAAUUUAAAUUUGACCUCCGAGUGUAUGUGACCGUGACAAGCGUGGAACCUCUGGAGUUUUAUAUAUGUAAAGAGGGCCUCGCUAGAUUUUCUACCAUUCCUUAUGAGAAUCCUACCAAUAAAAACUUGCAAGAGGUGUUCAUGCAUUUGACGAAUUACUCGUUGAAUAAGCGAAGUAGUACUUUCAACCAAUCGGAGAGGGAUGAGGAAGGGAGUAAACGAAAGCUGACGUCAGUGUUCCAGCAGAUGGACGCUAUGGGUCAUGAUACAGACUGGAUCUGGGAACAGAUUGAACACAUUGUGUGCAAGACGAUGAUCGCAAUUGUCGGGGAGCUGAAGAUUCACACACAGACCUCAGUGCCGUCCGGAAAACCAGGCCCCACAUGCUUCCAGAUUCUCGGCUUUGAUAUCCUGCUGCUGAAGAGCCUGAAGCCGAUCCUGCUGGAGGUGAACGCCAACCCCAGCCUCAGCAUCUUCGGGGAGCAGGAGGUGUGCCCGGGGGUGUUCGAGUGUGUCGAGAGUCUCAAGGAUGAAGAGGUCAAAGUUCCUCUUGUCAAGGACUCUCUACUCCUCAUUGCGCCAAAAAAUAAAUUCACACGUAAAAACUGCAGACAACAUCGCCGACACAGAAACCUCAACAACGCCAACAACCAGCAGAGACAGGGAGAGACGGCCAUCAUCAUCAAGAUGGAGGAGAUGACCGUUGUCAAGGAGACUGCCAUCAGGAUCAUGGACCCCAGCAUGGAGGUUGACAAUGACGACAAGAAGGAGGACAGCCACGACAAAAGUGCAGAAGACAGUGAUGGGAGAACUGACUCUGAUGAUCGAGCCACAGACUCCGAUAACAAAAUGGAGGAGGGAGACAGUGGGCGGGACGAUGAUGACUCUGGAGGGGGAGAAGAUGAAGAAGAAGAAGAGGAGGAGGAGGAAGAGAAGAAGGACGAGGAAGACACAGAGUCUUGUUUGAAGCGGAUAUUUCCUGAUGUCUAUGGAUCCCAGUUUGACUACCUGCGGCUGAUGGAGAGACUCUCUACACUGUUCACAAAGUCACUAGGGGUGCGAGGAGCUCAUCGGAUUGGUCCAACAGCUUUCAGAAUGUUUGCAAGAAAAUGUCGUCUGAAUCGCAGAGGAGUAACCAAUGCAUCGGUAGAUAUCCUAUACAUAGAUUAUCAAAGGAAAUGGGAGUUCAUGAACCCCGAUCGUACAUCAGGUUUGGGAUUCCAGGGAUUCGUUGAUGCAUGUUUCGAGAUUUCCCGACGCAAGUUCUUCAAGACAAACCGUCGUGACAUGUUGGAAUGCUUCAUCAGUUACUGUGAGGAGGGACUGAAUGAACAUAAACAGGAAGAGGAGGCACUCCGACGCAGGUUCUCACGGCCUCCACGACGCCUCCUCCGACGUCCUGUUCAUUUGUUUCAGAGAUCCACAGUUACCUCCCUUGAAGAAGAGCCCAUCCACAGUGUCUAUGAACAGCCGCUCGUAAGGAGGAGUGUGACUUUUGCAAAAUCCUCCGACUUCAGCUUGUUGAUGAGCCAGAAAAGGAAGCAGACGUACAAGCCCAAGCCGCUGAGUCUGUACUCUUCUGAUGACGACUGACUAGGCAAA